GCAGUUCAGGAAGAAGAAAUCCCCCAGGACAAAUCAACGAUACAACCAACCGAGAAAAUUGAAUCAACCCAGCGUCAAGAUGAUUAUUCAAUAAAUGUAGAGGAGAAAUUAAAUGCCGACGAAUUAUAUCGCGCUGCC